CAGCGCGCUGGCACAACACGGAACAUGGCGGCCAGCUCCCAGCGCAGUCCUCCUCCUUUCCCCGCAUCCGAGGAGCCAGAGACCGCGGGUUGUGGCGUGGCAGACGGAGACAGCGACGAGGGGGAGGACAUCUUCGUCAACAAUAGUAAGCCUGCUGCUGUGAGCCGUGGUGUCUCUAAGCCUGAGCAGGAUGAGCCCCCAGACCUGUUCAGUGAAGAGGCCCACAGCACUGCACCGCCCAGCAACACUACUACUGCCAAUGCCCAGUCUAACGGAGUGCACUCGGACGACGACAGCGACCUGUUUGCUGAUGCCCGUGUGGAGCUGAGCGCUGAUAAGAGCAGCUCUAGCUCUGCUGAUCCUCGGACCAUGCCCUUCACACAGGGCCCAGCUUCUGUACAGCCCACCUCCUUAGAGCAGCUGGAGGAGGAGGAAGAAGCCAAGGACAGUUUCGAUGUGGAUAUCUCUGUCACCAGUCCCGAGAAAGUUGGUGACGGCAUGAAUGCAUAUGUGGCCUACAGAGUGUCCACAAGGACGUCCCUGGCCAUGUUCAAGAGUAAAGCCUUCUAUGUGAGGAGGCGCUUCAGUGACUUUCUGGGUCUCUAUGAGAAGCUGUCAGUCAAACAGUCUCUUCAGGGCUGCAUCAUCCCUCCUCCGCCCGAGAAGAGCGUCGUAGGAAUGACCAAGGUUAAAGUGGGAAUGGAUGACCCGUCGUCAGUGGAGUUUGUGGAGAGAAGAAGAGCUGCUUUGGAGCGAUACCUUCAGAGAAUCGUUUCUCACCCCAUUCUCCUGCAGGACCCAGAUGUGCGGGAGUUCUUGGAGAGAGAAGAUCUCCCCAGAGCAGUGAACACCCAGGCCCUGAGUGGAGCCGGCUUCCUCAAAAUGAUCAAUAAGGCCUCAGAUGCUGUCAACAAGAUGACCAUCAAGAUGAAUGAAUCGGACACAUGGUUUGAGGACAAGUUCCAGGAGGUGGAGAAUGAGGAGCAGCAGCUGAGGAAGCUCCAUGCCGUGGUGGACUCUUUGGUCAAUCAUCGGAAAGAGCUGUGCAUGAACACGGCGGUGUUUGCCAAAAGCAUGGCCAUGCUGGGGAACUCCGAGGACAACACGGCCCUGUCCCGUGCUCUGUCCCAGCUUGCAGAGGUGGAGGACAAGAUGGAGCAGCUGCACCAGGAGCAGGCUGCCAAUGACUUCUUUGUGCUGGGAGAGCUGCUGUCUGAUUACAUCCGCCUGGUGGGGGCAGUGAGGGGCUGUUUUGACCAGCGCAUGAGGGCGUGGCAGAGGUGGCAGGAGGCUCAGAGCACACUGCAGAAGAAGAGAGAGGCUGAGGCCAAACUGCUGUGGGCCAACAAGCCUGAGAAACUGCAGCAGGCCAAAGACGACAUCACCGAGUGGGAGUCCAGAGUUACUCAGUAUGAGAGAGACUUUGACCGGAUCGGCAUGACAGUACGCAAAGAGGUCCUCAGGUUUGAGAAGGAGAAGGUAAAGGACUUCAAGAGCCAGAUAAUCAGAUACUUGGAGUCUAUGCUGCAGUCGGAACAAAGGCUCAUAAAGUUCUGGGAGGCAUUCCUACCCGAGGCAAAAGCAAUAGCCUGAUGAGGACGGGGCUUCUUUCUAAGACCUUAACUGCCUUUUGAACACUUUACCUCUUCGUGUGGAGCUGAGAGGACCAUUUCAACCACGACUUCCAUCCAGUUAACUCCUCUUUCCUUUUAACCACAUUUUAACAUGCAUUACUUUUCUAUACUGCCCUGUGACUGUACCCAACAUUUCAACGUUCAGUUUUGAAAGACGGGAAGAUUGUCUAGCAGCAGGGAGAGUAGGUCUGUCACGAUAACACAUUUUGAAGUGUGAUAUAUUUCUAAAACUAUUAUAUAGAAAAAGGUAUAUUUAAACUACUCUGUACCACUGAAUAACACAAUAACCUGUAAACGUGCACUGUGUAACUUUCUGGUUGGGGGGGGUCCGUCAACUGCUUGUUUCUAUGGAAAUGUCAUUGCUCUGCCUGGAAUGUUCCACAGUAUGACAUUAAACAGCUCUAUCUUACAUUUAUUCAAUUACAGGUGGUUUUACAGCUCAAAAAUAUCUAGAAAAACAGGCAUUCUGACUGUGAGCGGGAUCGCCUCUCCACAGAUCUGACCUGUAAGCUCUGGUAUGGUUUUCAUAAAGAUAAAUUUUUCAUGCCAUACUGUGAAACAUUCCAGACAAAGCAUUAACAUUUUCUUGAAGAAAAGCAUUAGAUGGACCUCUACCAGAAAAGUUACACAAUGCACCUUUAAAGCAGGAUAAUCCCAGCCUAAGUCCUUUUAUAAAUGCAUACUAUUAUGUAAAAACCAUGAGCUGCAAUAAAUAAAGCGCAGAAUGAAACAUCAGUAGGUAGUUAAGUGGCCUGAAUGAUUUGCAAUUUAUGUUUUAGAAACUGGAUUCUGUUCAAAGUUCACAUUUUAAAUGCGUCCAGAAGAAUUGACUGGAAUAUGAACUGACAAACUAAUACAAGAAUUUCAGAAUUUCUAGAGAUCUAAACUGCAGAGUUAGCAGAUUUUAUGCUGAAUGAGACGGGACAUUUUGUUGUUUGUGGAGGACAUUAUGGUACUUCAAAAAUUGCAGCCUUUGUGAUUUGCCAAUUUUGUCCAUUCAGAUUGCUAUUUUCAUUUGAUUAUGAUGAAAGAGGGGCUAUUAUGCUUUCAACCAUGUUCUAAUGUUCUUAGCUCAUCAAAAACAUGCCUAAAGAGGUUUUAGAUGUCAUCAAUCCUGGGCAGUAUUGAAACCUUCCUUAUUUUUAGCAGUAUAAUUCUGUACAAGACUCAGCCCACAAGCCUACGUACCCAUACAAAAGCAUGAUACAAAACAAUACACUACAACUUCACAAACCUGUCAGAGCAAAGGUAGGGGUGGCAUGUUUUCUGUGAUUAUAGCAUUUUAAAACCUAAAAGGUAAAAUGGUGAUCUAAGUAUAUUAUGUGUGAGCCUGGAAGUAAAAUAGCCCUUCUUUAAUCUUAGUUACAAUACAUAGAUACAAUAAUCAGUAAAAGUUAGAGGUGUAUUUAAACCCCUACAGAGCAAAUCUCAUGGUACUACAAAACAUAACAAAAAUCCCCCACUACUGCAAAGAUGUACACAUGAUCAUUACAUUCCAGCUUUCCUAUUUUAAACAAUAGUUUGAUACAGUAAUUAUCAUGACAGGCUUACAAGAGAGGAUAUGAGAAUUGCCACUGCAAGUUAGUGUGAUAUGUAUUUAUGUUGCUUUGCUUAUAAUAGUGUAUGAAGGAAUUAACACUCGAGGUACUGCCCUAGACUAACAUGUCAUAGUUUACACUAGAAAUAGACUUAUGCAUUCCAAACUUUAACUUUGCUACAACAAUGCAUGAUAACUUUUGAUGCACUAAAAUCUGUUGUACAAACUGAUUUCUACAUAAUCACUCUUUAUGACAGUGAUGGCGCAUUGUUACUGUACUAAACAUUACACAUUUCAUAUACCAUACAAGUUUUACUAAAGAUGCACUGUGUAACAUUUCUGGUUGAGGUUUCGCUGCUUGCUUGUAUCCAUGGAGAUGCUUUUGCUUCGCCUGGGAUGUUCCGCAGCAUAGCAUUAAUUGUGUCUAUCUUUAAUGUAUUUUGCCCUUUAUUCAUACUUUGCAGCUGACGCCAUUAACAUUCCCUGUUGGUGUGAUUCUAACUGUAGGCACUGCUCAGUAUGAGGUUUUGUUAGACUUUAAUCUGAUCUUUAUUUUCACUCCAUCUGACCAGAAAGAACUGACUUGGUUAUUGGUUAAGUUUUUUGUUUUUUUUCUAGAGCUUUCAGAAUAUCUUAGCACUUUUUUGGCUGUGUUCAUGUCUCCAUGGUAACUGUUCAACAUUCUGCCAUAGAAAUACAAGCAGAACAUCCCCAGCAAGUCACUGCAAAGUAUCAGUUGCUCAAAAAUACAUCGAAAAACAUGGAUUCUUAUUGUGAGGGAAUCGCCUCUGUACAGAUCUGACUUGGCCUGUUGCUGUCAGUUGUCUUCAUGGAGAAAGACAAUUUAAUUCCAAACUGUUGAACUUUCAAGGGCUGGCAUUGCAAUAACAUCUCCAUGGAGACAAGAUGAUGGCAUAACCUCCACCGAAAAAGUUACAUAAUGCACCUUUAUAGGACCUAUAUUGCACAAUUUUCUGAUCUAUGUUAUAAUGUUGAUUCUUCAUCAAAAACAUACCUCGACUUUUUUUUUUUUAUUAUUCAUACAUGUUUACCACACGAAUCCUGCAUCUCUCAGACAGAAAACACUCUCUGCCAUCUUGUGAUGUCAUGUGGUAAUACAGGAAAUGCUUCACUGUGUUUUUAAACUCCAUACACCUUUACUGUGAUUUAGAUAAUUUCAGCCCUGAACAAAUAGUAAAAAGUAGCUGUUAACUUGAAAACUACUGCUACAUGAUAUCACAAGAUGGAACAGAGCAUUUUGAGAUUUGGAGAUGUAGACAAACUAAUAAUAAAGGGUUCACUCAAUGAUUCAAACAUGUGUGAAUGAAAUGAAACAAAACACAACUCAGGGUAUGUUUUGAUGAGGUAACAAAAUUAUAAAUGUAAAGCUCACAAGAGUAAACUUUGCGUAAUAAAGGACCUGUAAAGUAUUGAAGAAAAAUAUGGUCAGAACUUUUCAAACGUUGCAAGGAAUCUGAACUGGAGAAUCAGUUACUUGUAUUUUUUAAGAUAAUGUACUUGAUGAAAAAUGUAAUGUUAUUUUCACAAUCAGUAGGUCUUAACUGAAUUUUGUUGGAGAGACUGAGGAGCCAUGACUUUUUGUAUUGUCGAAGGAUUUGCUGCCGAAUGUUUACCGUUGCAUAGAAAUUGUUACCACUAAUUUGUCAAGUAUUUCCAAGUUUCACCGUGUUACAAAAUUAGUUUAUCAUGAAUAUUGUAAAACCUUCAUGUAAUACUGACCUAAACUUAUUUUUCAGAUUUGUAACAGCGAGUCUGUCAUGUCAUAUUUGUGUCAAAAUGUGCUUUAUUUUUGUAACCACUUUGCAUUGGCACACACUUUCCCUGGAAAUGCUUUACAGGUAGAUGUACAAAAUAAAUACAAUUGGAUAAAA